AUCCAUGGUUUUGAAAAUUGGAUCCACUGUUACCCCAUCAUUGUCUGGGAAACCAACCUCCUUCCAGUUGCAGUUCUCAAACAUCACAGCUUCGCUUUCAAUUCACUCCAUCCAUAAUCCAUUUAUUUUUCUCACACGGAUCCUUCCCUCAUAUUGUUACUACUACCACUACUCAAUUUCACAUCACACCCUUCCAAAGUUUCCUCCUUUCUCACUUUAAUGCUCUCAAACGCAACGACCCACGAAAGGAAUCGAUGAGUUUGGAGUGACCCACAUCGCCACCUGUAAAAUCCAACUCAUUCUUCCAAAAGGGUCGGUAAGUUUCUCAGUGUUGGAACCAUGGUGGAGACCUCAACGCUAGGGCGGUUCCACCAUCAAAGACUCGACUUUAAGCGCUGGGUUCCAGCAUUCUUGACCUCGCACAAGACCCUCUUCACGGUUCUUUGGAUCGUCGCAUUUGCCUCCGUUUUCAUGUGGCAGAGGUACACAGUGGGUGGGUUCUCGGUGUUUGGAGGGGUUCCGGCGAGACCCAUGCCGAAGCUCCGGCCGAUGGCUUUCAAUUUGACGGAUUUUGGAGGAGUGGGUGAUGGGGUUACUCUCAACACUGAGGCUUUUGAGAGAGCUGUUUCUGCCAUCUCUAAAUUCGGAAAGAAAGGUGGGGCACAGUUAAAUGUGCCUCCCGGUCGUUGGCUAACGGCGCCGUUUAAUCUUACAAGCCAUAUGACUCUAUUUCUAGCUCAAGAUGCCGUUAUACUUGGCAUUGAUGAUGAAAAAUAUUGGCCACUGAUGCCUCCAUUGCCCUCGUAUGGAUAUGGGAGGGAGCAUCCUGGGCCUCGAUAUGGAAGUUUGAUUCAUGGCCAAAAUCUUAAAGAUGUUGUGAUAACAGGGCAUAAUGGUACCAUAAAUGGACAGGGACAAACAUGGUGGAAAAAAUUUCGCCAGAAGCGUCUUAACUACACAAGGGGGCCACUUGUUCAGAUCAUGUGGUCUAGUGAUAUUGUGAUCACUAAUAUUACUUUGCGUGACUCUCCUUUUUGGACACUUCAUCCAUAUGACUGCAAAAACAUUACAAUAAAAGGUGUUACAAUAUUGGCUCCUGUUUUUGAAGCUCCAAAUACUGAUGGCAUAGAUCCUGACUCUUGUGAGGACAUGUUGAUAGAGGACUGUUACAUAAGUGUGGGAGAUGAUGCAAUUGCAAUAAAGAGUGGCUGGGAUCAGUAUGGAAUUGCUUAUGGAAAGCCUUCAAUGAAUAUAAUGAUCCGAAACCUUGUUGUUCGCUCUAUGGUCAGUGCUGGCAUUUCAAUAGGCAGCGAAAUGUCUGGUGGGGUAUCCAAUGUGACGGUGGAGAAUCUUCUUGUAUGGGAUUCUAGGCGUGCUGUGAGAAUCAAGACUGCCCCUGGACGAGGUGGAUAUGUGCGCCAAAUAACUUAUCGGAAUCUAACAUUUGAGAAUGUCAGGGUUGGAAUUGUGAUGAAGACGGAUUACAAUGAACACCCUGAUGAUGGGUAUGACCCCAGAGCAAUUCCAAUACUCAGAGACAUAAGCUUUACCACUGUCCAUGGUCAAGGAGUUCGUGUGCCGGUACGUAUUCAUGGUAGUGAAGAGAUUCCUGUGAGAAAUGUGACUUUUCAAGAUAUGUCAGUGGGUCUAACCUACAAGAAGAAGCAUAUCUUUCAGUGUGCCUUUGUUGAAGGGCGGGUGAUAGGGGCCAUCUUUCCUGCUCCCUGUGAGAACCUUGAUCAAUACAAUGAGCAAGGACAGCUGGUCAAGCAUUCUGCAUCCCAGAAUGUAACAGAUAUAGAUUAUGAUUUUUGAGGUGUCACUGUCAGGUUCAUUAAUUCCUGGUCUUGUUCCAUUUACUUGGGCCUCAAGUUAUGUCUGUAUUAGAUCAUUUUUGUGGGGAUGGAGAAGUCAACUGAAUUUUCUUUCUUUCUUUUUUUAAAUUUGUAAUUUCACUUCCCUGCUCCAUUUCUGAAGUGGAGUUGUAAAUACGGAAAUUUGUUAGAUGCUCACAUAAGUUUACUAGCUUACACCAAUGCAUAGCCCGUAUGCUCUCAUUCUUUAGGGGGGGAUUUAUCGCAAGCAUGCAAGAGAAUUUUAUAACAUUAAUUUGUCCUUGUGGCAUCAAUUUUCUCGAUAUGGAAACUUUAUUUUGUGC